UUUUCCUUGCGGCAAUACUGAUGCCGUUCCCAUCUCGGACUAGCAGCCAGCUUCACGUACUUAAAUAGGUUAUCUGACGUAUGUCAAACCUCUUGUCAAAGAAAUUUAUUAUUUAAUCUGAGCGUGCGGGUGUUGUCGCUCGCGACAUUUCGAGGAACGAUCUGUCAGCUUUGCGCGCAAGUUGGAGGAAUCGAUCGACGAGUCGGCCAAACAUGUGGUGGUAGUGAUGCGCUUAAAGGGGAAAAAUAACACAAAGUCGUUUAACAGCGUCUACAGGGUGCUUUCUCGUUUAUGUCGAUCUGUGGAUAAAGGACAUCUUGAUGGUUUCAUGGCGGAUGGUGUGGCGCCGACCGUGAAAAAUGGCCACAAUUCUAAUACAGAUUUCACUAAUCAACCGGUAAAGCAGUCGUCUGAUGUAUCCAGUGUAUCCAGUGUUGUUUAUGCGGUGGGUCAUUAUCCCCCGAAGCUCCUGCACAAUCUCAAUGCACAGAGACGGGAGAACAAGUUCAGUGAUGUGGGAUUGGUAGCGGGCGGCAGAAUCAUUCGGGCGCACAGAUCGGUUCUGGCCGCCGGUAGCGCCUACUUUAAUGCCAUGUUUACUGUCGGUCUGGUGGAGGAGCAACAGGAACUCGUAGAAAUUCAUUCAAUCUCUCCUCACAUUCUCUCCCAGCUGGUGGAUUUUAUCUACAGUGGCAAUGUAGAUAUCACCCAAGAUAAUGUACAGGAGUUAUUCGCUGCCGCCGACAUGCUAGAGUUAGAUGAUGUAGUAGCCGGCUGUAUCAAUUAUCUCAAACAACAGUUGCACUAUUCUAAUGCCCUUGGAAUUUACAGAUUUGCGGAAGUACAUAACAGACUGGAUCUUUUGGAGACUGCCCUACGCUUUAUAGAAGCCAAUUUUCCUCAAGUCUGUCAGGAAGAGGAAUUUCUGGAUUUGCCCAAGGAGCAUCUUGUUCAGUUUCUCAGUAGUGAUUACAUUCACAUCGAUACUGAAUGCCAGGUCUUCCAGGCUGCGUACAAUUGGAUCGUUCACGACAUCCCCGCACGGAGAUGCUAUGUAUUUGAGAUCCUCGGCCACGUACGCUUGCGACUGUGUUCAUUAGCAAGGCUAGAGCGUAUUAUCCUAGAAUGCAAGGACGCAAGUCUCAUUGUUGCGUUGCGAUCUAUACAAAAAGAUCUAGUCUCGAACAAAGGUUGCCUGGUGCCUCUUCACGCUCAGCCCCGGGUCUGCGCUAGGAAGAAUAUUCUGGUAAUCGGCGGAUCCAAACGGGAGCAUUCUGCAGAUAGCUGGGGUAGAACCGCCGAGAGUACUUACGAAACCAUCGAGAAAUAUGACAUAUUCACUGGAGAAUGGAGCGAAGUGGCUCCGAUCAGUAUAGGACGUAUUCUACCUGGAGUAGCUUUGUUGGACGGAAAGGUGUACGUUAUCGGCGGUGAACUGGAAUCCUGCAUAAUUGCCAAUUGCGAGUGCUACGAUCCUCGCGACAACGUGUGGACUCCCAUCGCUUGUAUGGAAGAACCUAGAUGUGAUUUCGGUCUUUGUGCCUUGGAUAAUAGCCUGUACGCGUUCGGCGGAUGGGUAGGCGAAGAUAUCGGCGGUUCCAUCGAAAUAUAUGAUCCGAUCUCCAACACGUGGACUCUUGAGGGCUAUCUCCCGGAGCCACGGUUCAGCAUGGGUGUCGUGGCAUAUGAAGGACUAAUUUACAUUGUGGGUGGCUGUACUCACAACAGUCGACAUCAUCAAGACGUGAUGAGCUACAAUCCCGUGACUAGAGAAUGGAAUUACUUGGCCCCCAUGAUUACACCACGCUCGCAAAUGGGAAUUACGAUUCUCGACGGAUAUAUGUACGUUGUUGGCGGCACCAGUAAAAAUCAAGAGGUUUUAACAUCAGUCGAAAGAUACUCUUUCGAAAAGAAUAAAUGGAGUGCCGUCGCUCCCAUGAGCAUGGGUAGAUUUUAUCCGGCGGUUGCAGCAGCCGACAGUCGACUAUAUGUCAUAGGCGGCGAUCAGUCCCAGGAGAUCAAUUUCUAUCGCACACAGAUUACAAUCUCUACUGUCGAAUGUUAUGAUCCACACACGAACAAAUGGCACGAGUGCGCCUCUUUACCGUCGAGUAGAGGUGAAGCUACAGCAAUCGUUGCGCCUUUUUGAUUGCUAUUUCGUGGAAAUCUAUUUAUCGUUCGAUGUAUUGCUUCAUGCCUUCUUAUUUUUUUAAUAUGUUUCCUUUCUUUCGAUAUCUAUUCUAUCUUUACCAACAGCAUUGUGUAUCCAUUAGAUAGAUAGUCGCAUUGCUAAAGAAAUAGUCUUACUAAUUUCUGAAUAUUCCAUUGGCAUUUUUAGAUACUUAAAAGAGACACUACAUAUUUUGAGGGAUUUUUAUUACAGAAGAUUGUUUUCUUUUUUCUUUUUUUUAUAGAUAUACAGCAUAAUCAUUAACUAAUAAGAGUUACAAGAUUGAAGAACUUAAGAAAGAGAUGGAAGGAACGAAAAAAACUCUAAC